GAGAAAAACACUCAGAUCCGGGCUUCAUAUGUAGUAGUCUCAUUGUAUAAUAGAAAACGCAGAUGAUCAUCAUCCACACUUGUCUAGAUUUCUACUGCUAGAGAUCUCACUUUGCGUUGAGCGUAUUUAAAUCUGAAAAAUGCUAUGGGAAUAAAAUUAAUGGUAUCAUGCAAGGGAUGGAGGACGUAGUCGUAGGUCGCGACUUAAUUCCUGUGUCAGCCGGUGAGCUCGAAAAGUCUUGGUACAACCUUUCUCUGCGACCGCGUUUAAUCGGACAACCCUCAUCCCCUAUUCCUGCCAGUUCAGGAAUAAAUUCGCAAUCAUUAUACCAAAGAAUCCCGCCCUUGCGUUCCGAUCAACGAUCGUGAUAGCAGCCGUUGAGAGGGGUUUGUUAAUUAACAGUAAAAUCGAUAGUUAUCGAAGGAAGUUGCAUGGCAUUUGUCGUGUAUACCAAACCAACAUCGACAGAGCAAGCUUGGGGACCUCCUUCUCCACUCUAUUCCCUAUAUCCUAUACUCUAACUAACCUGUUUACAAUCGAUAAAUUUAUUUUGGUGACGUGCGCGUGACUCUGGCUGGCCCCUUAUUCUCCGGUGAAAGAAGAAGUCAAAGUUCACCCCUGACCGGAUCGGCAGAGUUCCGCGGGUAGAAUUCGACUAACACUUUCAAAAGUUGACUAUAGUCAGACAACUCCUCCAGCACGAGUUGAGAAUUGCGACCUUUAAACUUUUACUUAUAAUUUCUGACCUUGACAAACUUACUUCUCACCCCUACAUUGGGGGUAUUAUUUACACUAUAAUACAAUUUUGCAGGUGAUGUGAAUUCCGCGCGGUUAGUGUCUACCGAUACUUCCAGAGAAACGAAACUCUACGUGAAUACAAUUUGUGUUGAACAUUGUGCCUAAUCAAUUGUGAAUAAAUAUUUUAUCACCGUUGAUUAAUCCAAUUGACCUAACGGUACGGGUGCGUACACGUGUUUUUCCCCCCAACGAAAUUUCCUACGACUUGGUGUUCGUUUCUAUUUGGCUAAAAAUAACAUGAAAGUCUCCAAGAAUGGGGAUUGUUAAAAAUAAUUCGCAGAUGAAUAUUCUUUUUAUUGAAUUUUGCGGAUUAAUUCAACCGUAAAUUUUCUAGAUGUAAAAAUGUAGCGAGCGAGCAUUGCCUUUGAAAUGUAAGACUUUUUGAAGCUCGAGUGUAACACUUUACCGGUGAAAAUAUGAGUAGAAAAUACGAACGCAUUUCUGAUCACGCCUCCCACGAGAAAUUUUGAGAUGUCCAAUUGUAAGUCGAACAUCCUCACAAGAAUUACGAGCGGAAUGGAAAAGUACGAAAGUUUGGAAGUCGUUGGCGAAGGGAGCUAUGGCGUCGUUAUGAAAUGCAGACAUCGAGAUACCGGACAGAUUGUGGCGAUAAAAAAGUUUCUGGAGACCGAAGAGGAUGUCCAUGUGCGAAAAAUGGCUCUGCGAGAAAUUCGUAUGCUCAAGAAACUGCGUCAUGAAAAUCUAGUGAACAUGAUCGAAGUAUUUCGUCGCCGGAAGCGGUUUUACCUGGUUUUUGAAUACUUGGACCAUACUUUACUCGACGAAUUAGAAGCGGUCGGUACCGGCCUCGGAGUAGAUGUUUCUCGACGUCACAUUUUUCAGGUUCUUCGAGGACUGAACUAUUGUCACAUGAACCACAUAAUGCACCGAGAUGUUAAGCCUGAAAAUGUCCUGGUAUCACCAAACGGGAUAGUAAAACUCUGCGAUUUCGGUUUCGCUCGAAUGUUGUCUGGACCAAAUGAAUCAUGUACGGAUUAUGUGGCGACCAGGUGGUACCGAGCUCCUGAACUACUUGUCGGCGAUUCUCGUUAUGGUAAGGGUGUCGACGUUUGGGCUGUCGGCUGUCUUUAUGCAGAAGCUAUAAGCGGAGAUCCAUUAUUCCCAGGGGACAGCGACAUUGACCAACUUUAUCAGAUUAUGAAACUCCUAGGCAAUCUUUGUCCAAAGCAUCAAACAAUCAUGGCACGCAGUAAUAACAUGCGUGGAAUAAAACGAGUGACAACGGAUAUCGGUAUGAUCGGUAGUAUUCGAUCUCUCCGAUCAGUUUUUCCAUCAUGGCCAACAACCACGAUAGAUUUCUUGGCGCAGUGUCUGAGAAUGGAUCCCGAAACGCGUUCGAGUUGCACCACAUUACUAGAUCAUCCCUUAUUUACUCAGGAUCAUUUCUCUGAACGUUUUUUAUCUGAACUGCAACAUAUCAUAGCAAAAGAAAUGAUGGAAUCUCCUUUUACUCAACAACGGCUUGAGUCUCGGAGGCUCAGUGCCAUGCUACCCGAAAGACCAGCCAGAAUUUGUUACAGUAGCAACGGAAGAUGGCAAAUGACGUUGAUACGUGGUGGAGGGACAUGUAACGCUAUGUGUCAACCGGAAAUGGAACAAGCAAGGGAAUCUGUAGCCUCGAUUGAAAGACCACCACUUCUGACGAUUAAUCGGACAAAAGAGCCUUGCCAUUUUGGGCCAGUUUCUGUAAUUCCGAAUACGACAUAUAUACGGCGACUUGAAAACCGGGGUAUCCUGGUUCCGAAAACAAAGGGAUGUUCUCUGCCAGCUUUAGCUUCGAGGGAGUCCAGUCAUGCUAAGGAAAAUACGAAAAGGAAAAGAGUUGAUCUUCCGCAUGUGGACCGCUGACGCCACUAACACAGCAAUCUGCGAUUGUUUUAUAUAAUUUUUUUGAUUUGUACCGAUGUCGUAUAUUGCAUUCGCUAAAGUCUUAACGAUGCUUUGGACAGCUGGAAUCUAUCGACUGGUGACUUUCCGUGAACUGAUACGUACACCAGCGUUUUAUCUACGUUUAAUUUAUUAGAAGUGCUGAAAAGAUGAACGACAUUCUCGCUUAUGAAAUAGAGACUGCUGCUAUUUGGGAUGAAAGCAGUAUGCAGGCCAUGUAGACUCUUGAGGAUUUAGGUAUUUAUACAUCAUACCUAGGUAGCUAUGGUAAAAUUUUCAAUCAAGUUCUUCUUAGCUGGAAGUUUUAUGCAAUCUGGAAAUAAUGUUGCUGGAUAACGGAUUUAUUAGUAAUUCCAUUAUUUUUAUCAUGCCUAUUUUAAUUAAACAUCGACAGAGUUAUAAUGUAAAUCUUUGCAGCAACCCAUAGCAAGUGCAAAUGAUACUGUAUUAUCUAUACAGAAUAAUAUAGACAUGAAAUUAAUAUAAUGCUACUGUAUGAAUGAAUUGUUCAUUGAGUUUCAGAUAUGUAUAAAAUUUCAACGAGAUAUAUUCAUUGAACAUAUUUUUUACAGCUCAUUCCAAGCGAAACGAUGUAUUCUGAAAUCUUUCCCCUCUUUAUUAUUUUGUUACAUCGAUAAUUACGAGGAUGGUUAUAAAUUUUCAGCUUCUCAACGAACGACUAAUGACCCAAAUAUGGUAAUACUUUAAUAUGAGAACCACAGGAUUUAUUGUAUAAUAAGUAUCCCCUGUUUAUAUGUAGAAAUAACAUUUAUUCCAUUCUGUCGCAUCGAUUUAACAUUUCAAAUCGCGACGCCCUGCCUUGUACAGGCCUCUCGCGGCAUCCGAUGCAACUCCGUUGAUCAGCUGGUCUUUAAAACCGUCUGCAUUUUUCGCAUGUACAUACUUUCGAAUGCAGUACGAUACAAUACGGUAUAUUGUGGUAUAUGCAGAAAUUAUGAAUCCAUUCUACAGGAGCCAAACCGGUCCUGACCACUGAUAUGUAUAAUACAAAGUGGUCCUGACAUAGUCCAUAUGUUAGGAUAACUGUGCUUCAAUUGAGAAGGACAGCACAGAUUAUCGAUGGCAA